AUGGAUAUCACUCGCUUCGCUGUAAAUGCGCCUGUUUGGGGGGCAUUCGAUGGCAUGUCGGUAUUCCUGUCGACCGUCCUCGCGGGAGACAUCGCCACCGACUCGGACGAGACCAAAGGCCACCACCCUCCGACUUUCACCAAGGCAAACGUGAUUUCAACCAUUCUCACGCUGUGGCUUUGUUGCUUGACACAGCCCUACGGAUUGCUCGUUUUUCGCGGGCCCGAACAUUGGCUGCGACGACUUUCGCCCCUCUCCUCCGCGAUCGAGGGCGUGAUGAUUGUGAUAUGCCUUCUCACGACACCUCAUGGGCGACAGAGUGGAUUACUUGGCGGCCCAUCGUCGACGGCGACAUCGAUACGCCGGCGAAUUUCCCGAAGCGUGCAUGGCUACCGCCUGACAGCUGGCGUGUUGCUUCUCCACCGCAGCGAAAACACCCACAGCAUCACCGGCCAUGCCCGCGCGGCGGAAACACAGUACUACGACAGCCAGUCCCGCAACCACCUUCGCAUUCAGAUCUUUACAACGAUCCCCGUCGUGUUUGUGCUCAUCAAGCCCUGCGUCGUUUCGGGAGUACCGUUCCUCGUUUCCGCCGACCGUGUGGCCGAAUGUCGUGAACAUGUGUCCGACAUUGUCGGCAAAGCUUGGUGGGCGCCGGCAUGCAUCGUUGCAUUCUCGAGUGUCUGGUUCUUUGCGGGGAUCGACGGGUGUUACAUGGCCAUCUCCAAAUUUCGCAGCGAAGCUCCCAAGGGUCCCACAAGUACUUUUCUGGUCGUCCACCUCAUGGUGUUUCUGAUCGUGCUUACGAUAAACAACCUGUGUGCUGUUGAUAAUCGAUUCAGAGUAAACACAUUCGUCUUUUAUAUGUGGCUACCGAUGAUAGGGUUUUGGCUGUUGGAAUGGACGUGGGUAUUCCGGGUCGUCGCUAGUGCGCUGCUAGGCUUUGCGUGCUACCUCCCGGUUUCCACGCCGCGAGCCCGAAGCCUCCCGGAUGGCCCGGCGGCAUGUAAGGUGCUGUCGUAUAGCGGGACCAUGUACGAAAUCUUUCUCGCCGGGAGUCUCGCGUGGCUCGACGAUCCACCGCCGCCUUCGAGCAUGAGGCCGCAGAUUCUACCGAUUGUGAUUGUAGACGCGCACGGACUGGUGGGCUGCGUGGAAAGGAACUCCCGGCGCAUGGGUCGGUCGACUGUUCCGACGCCAGGUCGCGCUGCCGUCGGAGCCAUUUUGGAUGCCGAUGACCAUACGCGCGGAGGCGGCAGCGACUGCGAAAACCGCAAGGAGGCCGAGGCGGAGAAAGUGGAAACGGAGGAGGUGGAAAUGCACGGUGUUGAUUGA